AUCUUUUCUUUUCUCAUUUAAUGAAACUCGGGAACACAGUCUAAACUCCGGCCGAAUCGCCACCGCACACGGCGGCCACCAAACAAAAAAUGUCAUCCACCGACGACUACUCACCGACGGAAACCCUAAUCACCUUCAACAACCCAAUCCCUCUUCUCCGACACCCCACACCCUCCACAACCGACGAUUCCCUCAUCCUCUGUUUCCCAAACCCUAAAUCAUUCGCAACCGCAUACAACCAAUGCGAAUCAAACAUCAUAAACCAUUGCACAUCCGGAGCUCGGAUCGGGUGCUCCGUCAGCGCAUCAAAGAAUUGUGCACCGCCGUGGUGGAAAACCCUAGCCGGUGGUGGAGUAUCGAAACAUGAUUUGGAGGAGCGAGAGAAGUGUGAGGAGAGAGAAAUGGCGGAGUGUUUGGAAGGUUCGAGAGUGAGGUGUGUGAAGUUUGCGGAGGAUAAGUGUUGGCCGGCGUUUAGAGAUGCGAGAGUUGUGGUGGCGGGUGGUGGUGGUGAGGGGAAGAAGUGUGUGGUGGAGUUGGUGUCUAGGGUUUGGUUUGGGGGGAGGAGGAUUGGGGGUGUGGAGGUGGGUGGGUUGGAUGGUUCGUGGUCGAGAAUUCAGUCGAGGAUCGGGUUUAGGAUUGUUAGAGGGAGUGAUCUGCUGGAGAAAGAGGUUUGAACCUGCUAUGAAGCACGGGGACGGCUAUGAGCCUCUAGCACCCGUCCCGAGGACGGUUUGGGGACGGAAACGCGGUGGGGACGGCUGGGGACGUUUCCAAAAUGUAUCCUGAAAUCGGGGGACGGCAACCAAACGUUUCGGGGACGACAACCAAACGUUUCCUUUCAUUUUUAGGGUUCCAGGAAGAAGAUGAAGAAGUAGAAGACAGUGGGCAGCGGCGGCUGGGUUUUAGUCUUUAGGGUUAUGUAACUUAUGUAUUUUGACAUUUAGCCCCUCUAUCUUUCACUAGGUUCUA